AUGGCAGCCGACGCAGAAGACAAUGCGUGGUUGGUGGACAUGAUUAUCCAGUUCAUGCAUUCGCCAUCAUGGAAUGACCCGAUCAAUGCCUUUAUUGCGGAGAGAUGCACAUCCUUCGACAACUUCGAAGAAGAGAUGAAACACGAGUACAUGGAGCUGCACAAUGAGUUCAGAGGUCUGGUGGACAAUUUGUUGACAGCUCAUCUGCUAGAAGUGGACAUCUCUCCCGAAGACUUCGAGAAGCAGGUCAUGGAGAGUGGCCUCGCGCAAGACGAGCGCAUGCAGCGGCUGGUCUCGCAGCUCGUGGCGGCGGAAGACUUCCUCGCCUUCAAAGACUUGAUGCUGCAACAUCAUAUGAAGAUGCAGCAAGAAGCAGAAGGCAACUUCCGCGGCAUGAGCCCCGAGGAGGAGCGUGCGGCCAACGACGCAGCCAUUGCCGCAGCCAUCGCUGCGGAUGCUUCCACCAUGGAGGAGCAAGCAGCAGCCGCCGCUGGUGGGGCGCCGGCGCCCGCAGAAGCGGCCCCGCCUGCUGCGCCGACACCAGUGGCGCCACCACCUGCGCCCACGGCGGCAGAGGAGCGCGCCUUCGGCGCCGCCGGGGGCUCCUACGGGAGAGCCGCGCUGGGCGCCGGCCGGAAGCCCGCGGGCAACGAGAAGGCUGCGGCCAUCCGGAAGGUGCCGGAAGAUGGGUGCUUGCCCCUUUCGAUCCCCAUUGCGAAGCGAGGCUUUGUGCAGCGCAAUGCGCCCCAGCUGAGCCCGCGGCUCAGCUUUGGUGCAACAUUGGGGGCGACGGCAUGCUUACAGAAUCGUAUGGUGACGUACGCCUGUAAGAGGGCGGCGGAUAGAUUCAUGCUGCAUGCCAGCUAUGCCUUUGAGGGGCAGCCAGUGCAGUCCGCGAUCAACUUAGACGCGAGUAUUUCCUCCGACCUCCUCGGCCCAAUGCUGGGCGCGCUGCGAGUGGCCGGAGCCAUGGCGGAAGUGCCGUCGGACGAGGUGCCUCAGGCUGAGAAGGACGAGCUCUUUUGCACCUAUGCUGCCAUGAUCCUGAAGGACAGCGAGUUGGAUAUUACGGAGGAGAACAUCAACACCUUGAUCAAGGCCUCGGGGGGCUCCAUCGACUCCUUCUUCCCCGCGCUCUUCGCAAAGCUCUGCGCGGGCCGGGACUUGGGCGAUCUGCUGAAGAUCGGCGGGGGCGGCGGCGGCGUGGCCGUGGGAGGCGGCGGGGCGGCGGCCGGAGGGGCCGCGCCCGCGGCGGAGAAGAAGGAGGAGAAGAAGGUUGUGGAAGAAGAGGAGGAGGAGGAGAUGGACUUCGACCUCUUCGGUUAG